AUGACCGCCGCCGGAAUAUCCGCCCGGGUGCUUGCCAAGAAGGGCGUUGUGUUUGCCGGGGGCUUACAUAAGGAUAUGGCAAGCAAAUACAUCCGCUUUGGGCAUAUGGGGGUUAGCGUGAUGGAUCCCGGACGAGAUGAUAUUGACAAAGCUAUUGUUGCGAUGAAGGAGGCGUUUGCGGAGGCGAAGAAGUAA